ACAGGCAGCCCCCGGUGCCCGCGGCUCAGCGGGAGACGCUGCUCGGGGCUCGCACAGAGCCUUGUGGAAGCAGCAGCUGCCUGGGAAUUCAUUGCUAAUUGCCACGGCGGAGAUUGCGAAAUCCCCCUCUUGGGGCUCGGCCAAUGAGGGAGCCUUUGUGGGGGGCAGCGGCGCAACCCCCCGGCUCUCUUUGAAAUCCCAUCUUUGCCUGUAGCGCCCUCCCCCCACGCCGGAGGGGCGGGCCCACGAACCAGCCCCCGGGAGUAUAAAGGCAGCCGGAGCCAGGCAGGUAGCUGCCAGUAGCGAGUAACUGUGCGGAACAUCCCUCUGCACCACCUCGGGCUUGCGGGCUCCAGCGGCGCCCCAGCCCCUCCACCCCCGGAGUACAGCUGCUGCGCGGGUCCCUUACCUCGUGCGGGGCGGAUCGGACCCCUGGGCUCCAGCUCGGAAGAUGCUGCUGGGCGCAGCCCGUCUGUGUGUGGCGCUGGCGGCCGCUCUGUGCUGCUGCUGCCCCUGGGCGCUGGCGGCGUCGAGUGCCGGGUUGGGCCCCAGCCUCCUCAACUCCAACGCCAUCAAGAACCUGCUGCCAGGCGGCGGCGCCGGGCUGGGGGGCUCCCCCGGCAGUGCCGCGCCCGCAGACUCGGCCCUGCUCGAGGGGGGCAACAAGCACCAGGCCGUCGAGCCCCACCAGCCUUACACGUGCUCGGAGGACGAGGACUGCGCCCCGGACGAGUUCUGCUCCAGCGCCCCGCGCGGGGCCGGCCCCGCAGUCCCGCUCUGCCUCGCCUGCAGGAAACGCCGGAAGCGCUGCCUGCGCCACGCCAUGUGCUGCCCGGGCAACUACUGCAAUAAUGGGAUCUGUGUGCCAUCUGAGCAAGGUCACUUUCUCCCCGGGGAGAUGGAGGAGACCAUCAUUGAGAGCUUCAGUCCUGAUCAUGGCAUCCCAGACUUGCAUCCCAAAAGGACCACAUCCCCUUCCCAGCUGCACCACUUGAAAGGUCAGGAAAGUACCACCUGCCUCCGCUCUUCUGACUGUGCUGCUGGAUUGUGUUGUGCGCGUCACUUCUGGUCCAAGAUCUGUAAACCUGUCCUUAAGGAAGGCCAAGUAUGCACCAAACACCGAAGGAAAGGCUCUCAUGGCCUAGAGAUCUUCCAGCGAUGCUACUGUGGAGAAGGUCUGUCCUGUCGGCUACAAAGAGAUUAUGCAACCACCAACACUUCCAGACUGCAUACUUGCCAAAGACAUUGAACACCACUCCUCACUACAUAGGAUGGACUUUGGAGAGGGUUUCUGGGCAGUUCAUUGUUUGUUUUGGCAACUCAUCUCUAAGGAUGUACAGAUUCGGCGGUUACACUAAGUACUCUGCUAUCUUCCCUUCCUAAAGCUGGAGUAUGAGGCUUGUUUCUUUAAGAAACUUUCAGUGACUAAUUGCAGUAAAUUACUGUGUUGUAAAUACUCAGUGUGGCACUUAACUGUACAUAUUCCAGAAUUUUAAUUUUUCUAAAGGUGCUGCAUGAUCUCUAGUCUGCUAUUGUGACACAUCUUGUACACACUGGUUUUAUAUCUUCCUAAGUCUAUGAAUUGUCCAUGUGGAAGUGAAAUAAAUAACUUAAAAAAAAAAGAUUGGCAUUUACUGAAACUUCUCCCUACCCCUGGUCUAAAUGAAGACCCAUCUGAAGGCAAGCUUAAAUAACACUAAGAGCUUGUUAACUCUACAACAUGAUGUCCCAAAUGGAUGGACACUUGUCAGAAACAAUGAUAUGCAUAUAAACUGAGAUGUCUCCUUUUCUUAAGGCUCUGCAUAGGAAGAGGUCCAGAGUUGGUUAAAUAUGAGUGAAGAGGCUCCGUGAAUGGUGGUGGUCUCUAUUCAGUUU